CAGAGCUUCCAGAGCAGAGACAACCCCCCAGUCCGUCCGGCAAUAGUUAAAACGGAUCCGGAGUUCAGUCGGCACCGUUAACUCUUUCAAAUUGGACGCGAAAAGCGCGUUCGCGAAAAUUAGUGAGCGAUUUUAAGAAGAGAGCGUGAGCACAAAAACAAAGCCCUAAAGUGCGGACAGUGAAUACUAAAUUAAAAACAAGAAUACAUAAAUUAUAAAAUUAAUUAUAAAAUUUCUGGGAACUAUCCCAAGUAACUUUUAUAAAUUAUAAUACAACAUUUAACUUUGUAUAAACCGGAUUGUCUAUAAAAUAAAAAGAUAUCAGACAGUAUAUAGAUUUGAAGGUUAUAUCGUACUUAAACUCAUAUAAACCGUAAAAAACAAAUCCUAAUCAAGUGGAAAUCGGAGGUUAAAGGCACCUGUGCGGAGUUUCCGUAGUUGAACCCCCCAACGUGUAGUUGACCUUCAGGAGCACCCGCUAACCACCGGCCUUGCAUGUGAGACCCGCCAAAGACCCUCUCCGGUCCCUGGUCGAUCCAAUGAAAAUGGAAGAUCCCACCAUAAACGACACAUACGUGCAGGAGUUCGAUCUGCACCACCUGGAGGUGGGCGUCAACGGUGCUGGCCACGCCCAAGUGACCACCAUCGGUCACGUGAAGCGCGAGGAUCACAGUCCGCCGCAACCGGUGGCCGUCAAAUGGACAACGAUACACGGUGAGACCGCCAAUCCGGAGGACGAUCCCGAUUCACUGCCUCCCCUUUCCGGACCCGAACCCGCCGGAGCCGUCGAAGUCUCGCCCUCGCCGCACAUCAAGCUGCGAUCCUUCUCCGGCCACCAUCAGUGGCACAUGGACGAGCGGCGAUUGCAGCCGCUUUCCCCGCCGCCGGAGCAAUAUGGUCCGCUGCCGGGACAGGCGAUCCUGGUGAACACAUCCUCGGGAGCGGCGGCGGCAGCAGCUGCGGCCGCGGCAGCCGGAGUUCCCGGCGGAGUGCCCUCGACGCCGCCGGAAACGCCACCCGUUGUGGGUUCGCCCACGGGCAGCAGCAGCUGUCCCGCUCAGACAUAUGCCCACCAUUACGCCCGGACGCCGGGCAGUUCCGUAUCCGCUGCCGUUUCGGCGGCCGCUGCUGCCGCCGCUGCUUCCGCCGCCGGAGGCGCCUCGGUGAGUGCCGGACUGAGCCACGACAUGAUGUGGCUGACGAACUCCAUACGGGCGGAGCAGCAGCCGCUGGACCUGCGACCGCUGGCCUAUCCGGGAUCGCAGGAGGAGGCCGAGGAGUGGGACAGGCAGCGGGAUUACGCUUUGCAGGCGGCGGCUGCACAUCAUCAUCAUCACGGGCAGCCGUUGAUGCAGGCGCAGCAUCCGCACCAUCAUCCGCAUCAUGGACACGGCGGACAUCCCCAUCAGGUGGUGCUGCAGCAGGGCAAAUAUCCGCACCACCAUCACCACCACUUCCACAACCUGGAACUGACGCCCAUCAACAUGCACUCGAAUUCGUACGGGGGCGUGGCCCCCGGAUCCCUAACGCCCACCUGUCUGCCGCAAGUUCCGAGCAAUGGGAGUGGCAGCAGUGGAGGGAGCGGAGGCGGAGGCGGAGGUGGUGGCGUUGGGGGAGGCGGCAACGGUGGGAGUGGCAGCGGAGGACCGGGCAGCGUGGGCGGCGGAUCCUGUGUGAUCACCCGAUCGGCACUGCAACCCUGUCGUCCGCUAUCCGCCAGCUCGACCCGAUCCUCGAACAACAUGUCACCGCGGACCUGCUCCGGUGCCUACAGCAAUGCCACGCUGGAGGAUUGCCUCAACGACGACAUGCUGACCACGUUGACGGUGCGGGAGCUGAACAAGCGACUCCACGGUUGCCCCCGCGAGGAGGUGGUGCGUCUGAAGCAGAAGCGGCGCACCCUGAAGAACCGCGGCUACGCCCAGAACUGCCGGUCCAAGCGACUCCAUCAGCGCCACGAGCUGGAGAAGGCCAAUCGGGUGCUCAACCAGGAUCUGCAUCGGCUCAAGCUGGAGUUCUCGCGGGUCUGCCAGGAGCGGGAUGCCCUCAUGCAGCGACUGCAGCGCGUAAGCGGAGGAGCAGGAGCCGGCGGAGGCGGAGGAGGAGGUGGCUCGGGUGGUGCCAACUCCGCCGGAGAUAGCCAGAGCUCGCCGGAGUUCUACCUCUGACGCCAACUGGCGGCGGCCAGCGGCUCCUCCGCAUCCUCGUCCUCCUCCUCGUCGCAGCAGCAGCAGCUGCAGCACCAGCAGCUCCAUCAUCUCCAGCAUCG